AUGCCUCCAGAUCCAUCUCCAAUAGCACAGUCAACAACUGGCUUUCCAGGCUUACAUACUGGCACAUCAUCAAUGGUGCUGAGUGGCACGGUUCCAACUCAGAGCUACUCUGUCACAUACGUCAAGGACUCUCACGUCUUGUACCACCUUCUUCCAAAUGUGCUCAUUGUCCACCUGUCACCCUCGAGGCUCUCACACAACUUCGCAAUGCCUUCUGGUGCUGCUGCUGUCUUGGAGAACUCAGUCAUUCCCAGCAUCAAUACCUUCAAUUCCAUCAAACACAUCUCACCAUCCAUCUUGCCCAUUACAACCAUAGACUCCAAUAAUGUACGUUCCUCCACAUUCCACAUUCCAUGGACGAAGACAACAAAUACUGAGGGCAUGGACAUCAACAUUACUGCUCACUCACAUGCCACCUGCCCUCAUACUGCCUUGCUUCUCCACCUCAGUGCCAGUUCCACCAUCCCCAAUCAUGCACCGCUUUUCUCCUUUGAAACCUCCAACAAUUCCAAUUCUUGGUCUCCCAUGACAAAACCCUGGUUCAUGAAGUGUUGCAAUGACAUCUGGGUCGCCACAGGUCACCCACACAUGCCAGGUCACACCUUUCGCAUUGGAGGUGCUACCAAGUUACUCCUGGAAGGGGUACCUCCAGACAUUGUGGCCAUGCAAGGGAGAUGGAAGUCCCAAGCCUUCCUAGACUAUUGGCAUAAGAUCGAGUCCAUUCUGCCUUUGUUCAUCUCUACAGCAAUCACAUCAUCCACUGCUUUACUUCACUUACAAUCAGUCAUGCAAGAUUUCCAUCAUCAUCACUCUGCAUCUACCAAUAGCACUUAA